AUGCACACUGAUCAUCAGAGCACUGAUGAUCAGUGUGCCAUGAUGAUCAGUGUGGCCCCAGAAGUGCCACCUGUCAGUGCCACAUCAAUGCCACAUAUCAGUGCAUACCAGUGCACAUCAAUGCCACAUAUCAGUGCCCAUCUGAGCUGCCUUUCAAUGUCACCCAUAAGUGCCAUCAGUGUCGCCUAUCAGUGCGCAUCAGUGCCAGUCAGUGCUGCCUAUCAGUACCGCCUAUCAGUGUCAUGUAUCAGUGCUGCCUUUCAGUGCCCAUCAGUGAUGCCUGUCAAUGCCCAUCUGUGCAACCUACUAGUGCCUCCUCAUCAGUGUCCAUCAGUGCAGCCUAUCAAUGCCCAUCACUGCAGCCUCAUUAGCGCACAUCAGUGAAG